AGUAUGACUGUGCUGUUUGUUUUGAUAAUUUGAUGACAAAAAAUAAUAAUAAUAAUAAGAUUAUGCGCAAAAAAAAAAACAAUAAAGUUUAAUGUGAUUACAAACGAAGAAUUUUAAACUUAACUUAAAUCAAAUUAGAUCUGUCAGAUAAACUAAUCAAACAUUAAAGGUCAAACUUGCUGUCAUAUUAUAGGUGAGUAAACGACUUCAAAUUUGUUUACCAGUUAAGUCUUGUUCUAUCAAGAAAAAAAAAACAAUUGCGCACUUAAUUUAUUACGUGUGCUUACAGCUUUACAAGCUUUAGUUAUAGUUAAAACAGUUGUCAUAAUUAUUUCUUAUUUAGGAUGAGAUGGCGACUCUAUUAGAGAAUACAAAAGCGAUGACUGAUUCGGAAACUCAUCUUUUAUCUUUUAGCCUUGAUAAUUUGGAAAUUGAUCCUACCAGGUAAAUGUUUCAUAAGUUAAUUAUGUGUAUUGUUAUUGUUUAUAUCCAGUAUUUAUUUUUAAACAAUUUUAAAAUUAUGUGUAAUGCCUUGAAAUUUUGGACUAUAGUUUGUUAAUAUAAGAAUUCACUUAUUUUUUCAGAUUAAAACGUUUAGUUAUCUUUAUUUGAGAUUAAAUUUUUUUCGACUUUGAUAUUUAUUUUUUCUCUCAAAUUCCCUACUCAUAUUUUGUGAAAGUUAAAAAUUAGUUUAGAUCCAUUAAAAAAAAUAUAUACAUAUAAUAUUAUAAUCUCAUUAAAUUACAAAUGUAUACCAAUCUAUCUUAUCUGGAUAAACUUUGUGACUUAAACUCAGUGAGCCGUGUAAAAUACGUUUUUAAUUAAAUAUAUGUAUUUGAUAAAUUAAAUAUAAUUUUGGAUUAAUGUUAAUGUUACUACCUACUAGAUGGGGAAUUAUUUAAUUUGAAUUUAAAUUUCAACAGUUAAUUUGUUAUAAAAUUACUUUUUUUAAUAUGUUUGUUUUAUAAGUUAUUCAUUUUAUGAUUUAAGCAUAAUAUAAUCAACAUAUUUUAAUUUAUUACUAACCUAUUUUGAUUGACUAAUUUGUUUAUAGGAUUAGAAUUGGGGGUAAAAAGUCAUGUAGAAAAUUAAACUUAUUCUUCAAAUUUACAAUACUAAAACCUUUGUAAUAUGAUAUAAUAUGUAAAAUAUGUCUAUAAAAAUUAAAAGUAGCAUAGAUACUAAGUUUUUUUUUUUAGAUAUUUCUUGUCUAAUUUAAUGUUAUCCCUAUCAUUGUUAUGUUUUUUGCAUGUUGUUUAAUCAAAUAUGUAUUGAAUCUUUUACGUACAAACCAUAUGAUUAAAUUUAAAUGGAUCCGAUAUUUUAGGCCUCAUAAAUAUCCUGGAAAUACUGUGGAAAAAGACAAUGAUAACAAAGAACCAAAUCCCACUGGUUGUGUUAUAUGUCGUUGUAUGAAUACAAAAUCACUUACUUGUGCAUAUCCUCAAAGACAAAAUACUGAUCUGACAUCAAAAGAGAGUAUCCUAAGACCACCAAAACUCAACAGAGUAGAGAGAUGCAAGCAACAGUAUGCUGCUGCAUCUCCUGUACCUGUUAAUCGACGAUUUCACCAUAAAAAACAAUUAAAUCGAAAAUGGUCAACAGAUAAUGAAUUUCCAUCAGAGAUAUCAUUGAAUAAUAACAAUAGUAGUAAUGAGUGUACAAAUGUCAUACCGUGCACUGAUGAUAUAACAAUUGAUGAGUUAGCUAGUUAUUUUGAAGAUCUAGUUCACAUUCCUAAAAAAAUGUCUGACAUGGCUGAACUGAUGUACAAUUAAACACAUUUUUUUUAUUUAUAUUAGAUCAUAUUUUGUUAUGUUUUUUGUUUGUUUGUUUUUUUAAAGUAAAAAGGUUUUUUUACUUAAAAAACCAAGCAAAUUGUUAUAAACCAUUUUUAUAAAUGAUAAAAGUAACAAUCAAUAAUAUGCCGGUUAACACAUAAAUUGGAAUGUCAAUUUUUUUUUUUUAAUAUAUAUAAAUUAUAUAGACAAAGUUAAUUUGUGUAACAAUGUAGCACUAUAAUAGUCACCUUUUAAAUAAUCAUAGGAUGUGUGCGUGAAAAUAAAUUACUUAACAUUUAUCUUUAUGUAACAUGCUGAUAGUCAAGUAUUUAUAUUCAAAAUAUUUACUAAAAUAUUUUGUUCGUAUGAAUAAAAAAUAAAAUAACAUAUGUAUCAAUUCAAUUUCUUUUUUUUAUUUGUUCAGAAUUGUAAUCUUAAAAUUCAUACGCAUUACCAUUUUAAGAGUUCUUAAAAUCAUUUACUCAUAUAUUAUGUAUUCUUGAUUUAUUGUGUAACAAAAAGUACAAUUUAUUUAUCAUUCUAUUGUAGUCAAAUUUAAAAUAUUAUUAUUUAGUUAAUGACUUGUAUUAAAAAUUUGAUCAACGUUUUCAUAAUGCAAUUUUAUAUUUAGCAAUAUUUUUUUUAAAGUAAAAUUGAUAUUUUUAUAAUAGAAUAUGUUUAGUGUAUUACAGUAAUUAUGUUGAAAUAAUAAGUUAUUUAAUAUUAAAAUAUAGUGGUGAAAUUGGGUAUUCUUGCCUUAUUCAUUCUCAAGGGUGGAUCCUGGCUAAGAAACAAGGGAGAGGUAAUUAUGAAAAUUAAUUUAGGCACACACAUUUAUGAUUAAAAUCAAGAUUAGCAUAUAUUUGGUAACAAAUUGGGUUGGAGGUAUUCACCACUAACUCCCUGGAUCUGCAACUGUAUAUUCUACAAUAUUAUACAUUCUACCAUAAAUUACUUUUUUUUGAAAUUUAAUUACACAUUACUUCUUUAAAAUCUCAAUUUUUUAUAUUUUAUUUUAACUUUCCAAACCAAAGUUUUAUUAUAUUGAGUAUCCAUUCGCUCAUACUUUAUUUCUUAUACUAUAUAUACCUAUUAGUUAUUCUCUUAAAGUCCUCACAUAUCACAUUUUAGUAUAUUUUUAAUUACCUUCUUAUUCAAGUUAUUGUUUAUUUUAUUGACUGAUAUCAUUAGAGCAAAUGAAAUUGAAAAGAACUUUAUUUUUCGGUAUUACCUAUACUAUACAUUUGUAUCUAAUUGUGUAAGUCAUGUAAAAAAUCCAGUAUGAUAAUUUUUCAUUAAAAAACAAUUAUGUAUAAAGAAUUUGAUUUAACAUUAUUUUCAAUUUGUUACAUCCACUUAUACUAGAAAUGAGUAUUCACUUUGGAUUUUUAAAUAGCAACAAUUCAUUUGCAGAUUUAAAUAAUUAAUUUUUUUUCAGACAUUUUGGUAUGUAUAACACUAAUAUCAGAUUAACCCUUUCCUACUCUUUAAAUUAAAAUUUAUAUUGUUAUAUCUAGGGCCAACAGAUACAUGUCCUUAAAAACUAGUAAAUACAGUUAUUCCAGAAAAUUUUUUUUUAAAAUAUAUCAUAAAAAAAAAAAAUUGAUUUAUUUAACUCACCACAUGACGACGUGUUUCAUAAUGAUGUCACCUGAUCACCCAAAUAAAAUAAGUUGAACACAAGUACAAUAAAAUACAUAGACAAGACAUUUUAAUCUAACUAUACCAAUUUAUCAAUAAAUUUGUCCACUUUUUUGAGUGAUAUAAAUUAAUAAAUUAAUAUCUAAAACACUGUUACACGGGUACCUAGUAUCAGUUUGCAUGCAUAAUGCUGAUAUUUAUAAAUUGAGUACAAUUAUUUUGUGAUUCUUGAUUCAUUGAAUUGAAAAUAUAAUAAAAAUUUACGAAAUCCUUAAAAUAUGCUCUAAAAAACACUAAAAUAUGCAAAAUAAAAUGUUGUAUAUAGACUUGUUAGAUCAUGAAGCAUCAUAAUUUGGUACUAACUUUUUCUUAACUAACCGAUAAAAAUUUGUAAAUUAAUAUAAAUGUGGGCCCUAGUUAUAACUUAUAAACGGUGAAUCAGAUGUUAAUGUUAUAUAUAUAUUCAAAUGUCUAGAAAAAUAUUGUUAAAUUUAAUCUAUGAUUGAAAAAAGGGUUGCUAUUUUAAAAAUCAACGCAGAUACUCAUUACUGAUACACUAAAUAGGGGUAAAAAUUUGAAAAAUAAUGUUUAAAUAAAAGCUGUAUCAAUUCCAUAAUUACUGAAAAAAAUAAAAAUUUAAUUCACUUAAAAUCUUCCAAAAAAAAUGACUGGUUCAUGAUUAAAGAAUCACUCUGUAUAAUCAAUAUACAAUUUUAAAUAUGAAAUGUUAUUAAAAUUAAAAGUGUUGUAGAGCUCAUAGGUUAUGAUCAGUAAAGUACAGAAGUACGACAAGAAUAGCUAAAAUUAUGCAAAAUAACCAUGACCUAGGUUGAAAAUAGGUAUUAAUAAAUAUCAAAAUGUAAUUGAUCAAAUUUUCUAUGUCAUAAUAAUUUAACUAUUCCUAUUUUUAUUUCUACUAUAAUAAAAUAAUAAGAUAUAUUAAUUUUCUUAUACAAUUUAAAUGCAUUAUUAUUUUUAUUCGGAUAAUUUUUUUCAUACAACACAAAUAAUUAGUAAUGUAUAAUACAACUUUAAAUUUUUAUAUUACUUUUACAAUUAUUAUUAUUAUAUUAAAUGGAUCAUAAAUUUUGUUUUUACUUAGAUUCAAAUAACCAAACCAAAUAAUGUUAUGAAUAUUUAGUUGUUUGUUUAGUUAUAAUUUAUUUAAAUAUUAUUAUUAUAUGUUAUAUUUAUAUAUAAUACAUUUUUUUUCCUGGAAAGGGUAAUGAUUUGUUUAUCAAAUUAAUGUGUGAAUUUCUUCUG